ACCACAUGUUGGUGUUGGUUGGUGGUGUUCGAAGCCCAACCGCCAAGUGAAGCAGACCCUGGCAACUCGAGAUGAACAGAGUCAAUUCGCCCAGCAGAAAUGCAGAGAACAGAUGGGCCUUUGAGGCAUAUAUAUCAUGCGAUCUUGGUUCCAUAUGAAGUAAAAAUUGGGCGAGACCGGCUGCUUGAUUAUUUCCUUCUCACUCUGGGAGAAUGGGCAAUGGCUUUGGUUGCGGGUCAGUUCUGAAUGAAAUUGUCCGGAGGAUGAAUCCCUGGCAAAGUCGUCGUGGAAGGUUCCAUCCGAGAGUCAACGGAAAAAAGCAAAGGUUACAGUCAAAAAACGUUGAGGUGAAAAGACACCAAUCUAGAGCGCGCCAAAGCGGCGGCUGUUGUGGGUUUCUCACAGGUAGGGAGAUCAACUACCGCAGUGGAACCAUUUGUGCACCCAGCCAAGCUCUCCUGUCUAAAGCUCGUUUCAAGUGGUCAUCGCCUCACACGUGGCUGAGGCGAGGAUUGCUUGUUCAAAGAUGUUGCAAACAUGCGUUUCAGAUUCUCUGGGUCAGAGAAUGGAACGAGGAGGAAGCCUUUGACAAAGCCAGACCCUUUUUCUCGAUUAUACUAGAUCACCAAGUUACACUAGUCAGUGACAACAGUCAUUGUGUCAUUGUUCCGAAUGCCGAGAUUUUGUCCUUUCUUCUCUCAUUUCCUUUGCGAAGAACGGUUGGCAGUGACUUUUUGGGCCGACACUAUGACGGCGUAGGGAGACUUUUUAGGUUUGUAGGGCGGAGAGGAGAAGAAGUCUUUGUUCAGAUACAAUAGACAGUCUGACUACCUACCUAUGGUGUUGUUACGGGGUGGCCGGUACUAAAACUACCUACCUUAACCGACUAAACCUUACCGUUUGUAAGUGGGUCCGUUUCUCAGCCCAGCAGAAUAGGGAGGGAAGGG